GGAGAAGCAGAGCUGUUGAAGGGAGGCAGUGGGGAGAGCUCUGAGUUCGCGGAAAGCAGCAGGAAGAAGGCGACACAAAGUGUGUACGACACAGGGUGAAGGUUUAGCUGAAUGAUGGCGGACAUGGCAGCGGCGCGGCGCAGACCACACCCGGAGUCCCAGGAUCCAGGCCCAGUCAUGGAGGCCAGCGCGGAACUGCUUAGCGCUUCGGCGCAGCUAACGGAGAACAUGGCGAAUGCAAGUGUAGCGAUGGGGCUGUUGCAGGAUGUAGCCAAGUUCGCCUCCACGGCCGGUGUGUUGUCGGGAAUCUUCCAGGUGGGCGGCAUCAUUAUGAAGCUGGUGCUGGGAAUGCAGGACAGCGAGGAGCUGAGAUAUAUGAAGGAGCAGUUCCAGAUCGUCAGGAACCAACUGGAUGUGAUUUCUGAUCAGAUCGGGCAGGUGCUGUUGGAGAUCCAGAGCAGCACGAUCGACAACCAGUACUUCACCAUCGAGGAGAACCUCAAGAACCAGUUCCGCAAAUACAUGGAGAUCCUGAGCUCAGCGCCCGAGUUCCGCGACAAGGAGCGAGACGAGUUCCUCGACCACUUCGUCGUGACCAAGGGCGACCAGAACCUGCACACGCUCUUCGACGCGGUCAUGGGCUUCUCCACCGUCUUUGGGAAGCCCAUCCUGGAGACGGCCAUGAGCUACGACCAAAGGAACCAGCGCCUGAUGGAAGUCAUGUGUUGCCGGCUGAAGGAGCUCUUCUGCAUCGGUCUGAUCGCUCUCCUGGGCCACGCCGCCGUCACCGGCAAUGACGUGGAGGCGUUGAAGAAAGAGUGGAACCAGAAACUGGCGCAAGUAGAAGCCAAAAUGAAAUCCAUGGUAGAUCGGUGCGUCAGCGAGUUUGCGCAGCAGGCACGGAUAGAUGUCGAGAGGAUGGUGAAGGACAAGGGGGGGAGAGAUAACAACGUGUGCGUCUCCUUUAUCCUGGAUGGACUAAAGGAUAAAUACGACUGGGUCCGCUGGUCAGUGCGCGUCUAUGAUCCAGUCCAUGGCUUUGGCAAUCACUGUGUUCGUGGCCCAAACCGCUUUGAUAUUUUCCGGCUCAAUAACGUCAACCUGGUUGUGUCCUACGCCAUCGACCCAAAGCCCAUAGACGAGGCGUACAUCCGCCGGUUGAUGCAGGGCAAGGACGGCUGGAAGGACCCCAAAAAAGUGGUCAACUUCAUCUCCACCAACGUCCCGCACAACUACAUAGUCCACGCGGUCAAGCGCUACAAACACCUGUGGAUGUCCAGUGACUUCCCCGGCAACUGCCACUUCUGGGAGAACUACAGUGGGGUCACCCUCUGUGUCCACUCCACAUGA